AUGCUUGCAGUUCAAAUAAUGCGAAUGGCAUAUGCUGAAGGUUUAACUACUCCAGAAAUUGAGUAUUCUGAAGGAGGAAUUAUGGUUGACAAUAAAACUAGAUUUGCUGAUUUACGAGAAAUGCUUGAUAGUAGUAAAGAAAAUUUAAAAAUGGAUGCAAUGAAAAGAGUUAUAAGUAUGGUUGCAAAAGGAAAAGAUUGUUCUGAAUUAUUUCCAGCAGUUGUAAAAAAUGUUGCUGCUAAAAAUUUAGAAUUAAAAAAACUUGUAUAUGUUUAUCUAGUAAGAUAUGCUGAGGAACAACAAGAAUUAGCACUAUUAUCAAUUAGUACAUUUCAAAGAGGUUUAAAAGAUCAUAAUCAAUUAAUAAGAGCUAGUGCAUUACGAGUACUUUCAAGUAUAAGAGUUUCAAUGAUAGCUCCAGUAAUGAUGUUGGCAAUAAAAGAAGCAGUACGAGAUAUGAGUGCAUAUGUUAGAAAAGUUGCUGCACAUGCAAUACCAAAAUUAUUUUCAUUAGAACCUGAAUUACAACCACAACUUAUUGAAUGUAUAGAUUUUUUAUUAGGUGAUAAACGUACAUUAGUUCUUGGAUCUGCUGUAUAUGCUUUUGAAGAAACUUGUCCAGAUCAAUUACAAUUACUUCAUAAACAUUAUAGAAGUCUUUGUAGAGCUCUUGUUGAUGUUGAUGAAUGGGGACAAGUUAUCAUGAUAAGUUUAUUAACAAGAUAUGCAAGAACACAAUUUGUUGCCCCUAAAAAUGACAAUCCAUUAGAUCCUGAUCAUUUUUUACUUCUUCAAUCUGCAAAACCUCUUUUACAAAAUAGAAAUUGUUCUGUUGUUAUGGCAGUGGCUCAGUUGUUUUAUCAUGUAGCACCACCACAACAAUUAUCAAUUGUUUCAAAGGCUUUGGUUAGAUUAUUAAGUGGACCACGAGAAGUACAAUAUGUAGUUCUCGUCAACAUAGCAACAAUAUGUGCAGUAUCUGAUUCUAAUUCGAAUAUAUUUGAACCAUAUUUAAAGUCAUUUUUUGUUAGAAAUGGAGAUUCUAUGCAUGUCAAAUUAUUAAAAUUACAAAUUCUCAAGUCUCUUGCAACGGAAUCCAAUGUUCAAAUUGUAUUAAAGGAAUUACAAACAUAUGUAAAAAUGAAUGAUUUAGCUGGACCAGCUAUUGAAGCAAUUGGACAUUGUGCUCUUCAGGUUGGGGCUGUAGCUGAAUUAUGUCUUACUGGAUUAGUUUCACUUAUUGCUAAUUCAAAUGAAGAAUUAGUUUCAUCUGUUGUUGUAGUUUUAAAAAAACUUUUACAUCAAAAAGCUCCUCUAUCUUUACUUGUAAGAUUACUAAGACUUAUAAAUUCAAUCAAGGCACCAUCAGCUAGAGCUUGUGUUAUUUGGUUAGUAUCAACACAUAUAAAUCAAGUUCGUGGUUAUUCAAUUGAUCUUUUAAGAAUUGUAGCAAAAACAUUUGCAUCAGAAGCAGAAAUAGUAAAACUUCAAACAUUAAAUCUUGCCGUCAAAUUAUGGGUUUUAGAAAGAGAAAAAAGUGAAUUACUUGUUCAAUAUGUUUUACAAUUGGCAAGAUAUGAUAAAAGUUAUGAUGUUCGUGAUAGAUGCAGAUUUAUUAGAAAUUUAAUUUUAAGACCAAAAAAAUUAAAUAUAACAUUAUUAUUAAGUGAAAAACCAUCACCUAUUUCACAAUCUCAAUUUAAAGAUAGAGAAUUAUAUCAACUUGGAACUUUAUCUCAUUUAUUAAAUCAAAAAUGUUCAAAUUAUAAAGAGUUACCAGAAUUUUGUGAAGUACAACCUGAUCCAUGUGCAAGAAAAGAUCCUGAAAUAGUUAUUCCACAAAAUACAUUAAUAAAAGAAGAAACUACAAAUUUAAACAAAGGAUUUUAUAGUAGUGAUACUUGUGAAGAUGAGACAGAUGAAAGUGAUGAUGAUGAAGAAAGUGAAAGUUCAAAUUUAGAUGAGACUGGAGAUUCAGAAAGCGAUGAAUCUGAAGAUGAAAGCGAAGACUAUGAAUCAGAAGAAGAGUGUAAUGGUCUUCAAAGUAGUAACGUUGUGAUAAAUACUCCUAAUGUUACAAAAAAUGAUAUGGAUCUUCUUUUAGAUUUAGAUUUUUCUUCUGUAUCUAUAGGAAUAGUAAACUCAAAAUGGAAAAGAACAAGUGCCAUGGCACCUAGUGACAAUUCUUAUGAAAUAUUGAGCCCAACUCAAACAGGAGAUCUAUCAAUAAAAGCUAUUUUUACUCGUAGUCCUUCUUUGUUUUCUAAUACGAUGGUAUCAAUUGAUUUAGAAAUAUUUAUUUCUAGUAAUAACAAUAAUUCAACAAUUAGUUUGAUACCGUUAGAUGAUUCAAAAAACACUAGUGGUCCAAUUCAUGUAAAUAUUAUAAGUAAAACAUUAUACAAAACGAAUAUUGGUAUAAAUUUUGAAGAUACUGUUAAAGUUAGUAAAUGGAAAUGUAUAUGGGAAUGUGAAACAAAAAAAAAUGAAUUUGCUGUUGAAAUUUCAGCACCGUUAGGUGAACAGGUUGAAGCAAUAGAAAUGUCAAAAGUACAAUUUGACAGUGAAGCCUCUAAAUUAACUGGAAUGUAUUAUAGUAAAGUACCUAUAAACUUAGAUAAAUGGACUUCAUUUGACAUUUAUCAUCACUGUAAUUGCAAAUUGAUACUUGGAACAGAAGGUUAUUUUGCUGCGGAAACGGUGGCUAACAAACAACUACUACUUUUAAAGUUUGACACAAAUGAAAAAAAUGUAGAAAUAUUUUCAGAAAAUGUUCUAUUUGGAAAUUUGUUUGCAAACUACAUUCAAACAUGGAAAAACAACACAAGAUAA